AUGUAUCUAGAUGAAAAGAAAAAGGUCUACGCUGCUUUCGUCGACUAUUCCAAGUGUUUUGACCGGAUCUACAGAAGUUGUGUAUACUACGGAUUUGCUACGACGAUGUUUGGAAUCACUCAGAUAUCACUCCUAGCCGCCAUAGCAAUUGACCGCUUCGUAAUCAUUGUUAAACCAAGAGGAUUUGCUUUCUCCAAGAGCAAGGCCAUUGCAGCUGUGAUCUUGUGCUAUAUUAUUGGAUGUCUAUGGGCUAUGUUUCCAGCCGUAGGUUGGAGUUCCUAUCAAUUAGAGGGUAUACGGGUUCGGUGUGCAAUUAACUGGAGAAGUAAGAGGGUGGCAGAUGUGUCUUUCACUUUGUCUGCGCUGAUACUUGCUUGGAUGGUUCCGCUCUUCGUGAUAGUGGUCAGCUAUGCAGGGAUAUUUCAUAGGCUUCAAAGAGAACAGACGACGAAAUUUCGACAAAGUUUGAAACAACGUUCGUCUCGACUAAAACGAGAUCGAAAAAUGGCUAUAACAGUUUUACUGAUGAUUGGAGCUUUCUUAAUUAGCUGGACGCCUUAUUCGGUUGUGACUUUAAUUGUGACAUUUGGAAAAGUUGAGUACGUGCCAACAAUAGUAACGAUAUUUCCAGCAUUAAUUGCCAAGACCUCAAUAAUCUGGAACCCCAUGAUAUAUGUGGCAAGACACAGUUUAUUUCGAAAAGCGCUGUUAGAACUUGUCCCAUGUUUACGUGUGCUAUUAAGCAGGCAACGAAAGACAAUAGACACGGCCGCCAUGAUUGAAACUUCAAGAGUUUCAAGUAUCAUGAAUAGUUCGAGUGGUAUCAACAAAAUAAAUAUUACAGAGAAGGUGCUUCAAGUGGAUACAAGCGACGAAACAUUCGUGUGA